AUGGAUGACUGGGAGAAGGCGUACGAGGAGGACCGGCGACGGCUGGCAGAGGGAAAGGACAUUGUCCUCGACACCCGGCGCGGUGACGCCGUGGCAAAUUUGUUUGAGGAAAAGGAGCCUCUGCCGGUAGGCAUCCUCCCUACUGGGACAUCGGGGAGGGCCGUGAUGACUGACAUCGCUUCCGCGUCGUUUGUGCCCACGCCAGCAGCGGCGCUCCCGCGGACCGGGGAUACCGCCCCAGCGACCGCCGUGUCUCGUGAGGAUGAGGAGGAGAUAUAUAAGUUCUACUCCCAGUACAGCGACGAACCCGUGCCGCACAGGGGGCGGGCGGCCGCGAUGGACGACGCGGAGGACGAGAGAAGCCAACAGUCGCAGUUGCACGAUGCCCGCUUCAACCUCACCUGCCUUCCGUCAGAGUGGAACCUCUACAGUUUGUUUGGCACCAAGAUGGGCCGACGACUUUUUUUCGCAGAGGUGCUGACGUCGCUGUUUAAGGGCUUUUUUGGCAGCAAAGAGUCCCUCGUCGCUUGCUUUGUCACCCCAAAUUGUGUGUACCUCGGUGAUGUCCAGACAGGGGCAGUGAUUGCCUGUAUUGACAUCCAACGGCUGCGUGAAGUACACAUUUUUGAUAGCCUUGCGGUGGGUCUGAGGACAUUGGAUGCGUUUGACCUCUUCCUGCAAGCAUCGCAGCAUACGGAUCGACUGGUGAGCAUACUGCAGAAGAUCGCGGGAUUUUGGAAGGUAAACGUGAGGGUGGUGCCCUCCACCCUUGAUCAGGCAAAGGUGUUCAAGAAGGAGAUGCAACUGUUCAACAAGAAGAGUCACACCUGGAGGCUCGUGGAGGACCCUCGCACGGGCCUUCGUAUCGUCAACAUACCUGAACAAUUUGCAGGUAUUUUUGCCCCCAUUGCUCUUAAAAUAGUACACUGGUUCGGCUUCAUUCAUCAGUCAGGAAAGGAUUGGAAGGGCUCCAAGAGGCAGCGGCGCCGGUGUGCCUGGGUGACGGCUACGUGUUUUUUUGUUGCAAGGGAAGGGGGUCCCGGUAGUGACGGGCGAUCCAUCAAGCACUGUGCGGCGAUGCAGUACAUGACGGAACUCUACGUGGGCCCUGGGGGCGAGUUGGGCAUAGUCGCCGCAGCGGGUCCUCCGCAGCCGCCGAUAUCGGUCGUCUUUGACUCGGAGGAGGAGAAAAAAAAGGUUCUCUUUAUCUUCCAGGAGUGCUACAACUAUCGGAAUUGCGGCGGGUCAAUCAAGGUGACGCAGGUGAACAGCGUCGAGGAGAGGAUCCGCCUCACGAGGGUGGCAGGGGAAACACGACCGCAGCUUUUCCUCAUGCGCCCGCAGAAGGAGUUGUACGAGUUCUUGCGGGGGCCUUCUGGGCGAAACUAG